AUGGCUUUGAGCCGGGCUCCUCCCCUGAUCUUCCCGGCCACGGCCCGGCACACGGCCACCGUCAUCUUCGUCCACGGCCUCGGCGACUCGGGCGCCGGAUGGGCCUCCGCGGCGGAGAACUGGCGCCGGCGCCAGAGGCUCGACGAGGUCAAGUUCAUCCUGCCUAACGCGCCCAACAUCCCCAUCACUUGCAACAUGGGCUACCGCAUGCCGGGCUGGUACGAUAUUGCUGCUAUUGACGGUACCGUGGAGGCUCUGAGGAUGAAUGAGGACGAGCCUGGCAUUAUGGUCAGCCAGCAGUACUUCCACGGUCUCAUUCAGCAGGAGAUAGAUUCCGGGAUCUCGUCAGAGCGCAUCGUGCUGGGUGGUUUCUCUCAAGGAGGCGCCAUCUCCAUCUUUGCUGGCCUCACUGCCAAAGUCAAGCUCGCUGGCAUCGUGGGCCUCUCCUCGUAUCUGCUCCUGUCACCAAAGUUCAAGGACCUCCUUCCCAAGCCGGAAUUCAACAAGGAGACCCCGAUCUUCAUGGGUCAUGGCAGUGCCGACCAGGUCGUCAGAACAGAGCUCGGCAAGCAUUCGUAUACGAUACUGAAGGAUCUGGGCUACAACGUGUCUUGGUCUGAAUAUGAGGGCAUGGGACACUCUGCCUGCUUGGAGGAGCUUGAUGAGGUUGAGGCUUUCCUCAGGAAACAACUACCAGCUCUUGGUGGCAAGUCCGAGGAGAAGUCAGAGUUGUAA